AAAAAGAUCUUAAUGCAUAUGAAUAUAUACAUAUUAAGGAUGAAAUACCAGAGGGUGGACUUACUGAUUACGAAAUUGUUAAUAUAGUUUUAAAUACAAAUAAAGAAGGGGAAAAUAUGGACGAAAUUGAAUUUAUACCUAUAUUGGAAAAAGUUAAUACAACAAAAGCUGAAAAAUUUAUAA